AUGGGUGGAUCUGGCAAGGAUUCGGGAUCCAGCGAUAUUGAAAUAAUGGCAGCUUCGGGUCCCGGCCAAAAACGCAUCGGCGCGAAGACGGUCGACGCCCCAGGAGCGCCGGCCGGCACACCAGGCAGAGCCUCUGGCGGACAGCCCGCCGGGCGCGGCCGGAAGGCGCGCAGGAAUGCGUCCGCCGCUGGCGCUGGCUCCGAGGGUAAGACACCGACCGGGGCGGCCAGAAACGACGGCGUCGAGCCAGGCACGGCGCGCGAGGGGGACCUGGAGGCACUGCAGCGCAAGCGACGCCGCCUCCAGCCCAACGCCACCGAUAAUACUGGCACCAACGGGACGGCACCAGCGGGCCCAGCCAGCGACGCCGCCGCUCGCACCGCCAGGAGUCCGUCUGCCGGCGACCACGAGCCCGACGCGACGGUACCAGGCAGCAGGGCUCGCCUGGCCUCUCUCCAGCCCGCCGCGCCCAAACCCGGCCGCGGUGCCGCCCCAGCAGCGAAGCCGCGGGAUCCUCCCGUGACCCCCUCCGACGGCGGCGCUCCGCACGGCUCGGCGGCCCCUGCGCGCGGCCGCGCGGGCGACCCAGUCGGGGCGGCGGCGGGCACGAGCGCGGCCCCGACGGGCAGCGCGGGUCGCGCCGGGCGCUCGACGACGCCCCCCGCGGCCGCGCAGGACGCGUCGCCGCCCCCGCAGCAGCGCGCGCCGUCGCCCCCGGACGACGCGUCCCCGCCCAACGCCGACGCGCGCCGCGCCCUCAAGGCGGUGAUGGACUCCCUGCAGUCGUGCGGCAACGAGGAGCGCACGCCGCCGCCCGGCGCGCUCACCGUCCCGCUCCUGCGCCACCAGCGCCUCGGGCUGUCGUGGAUGGCGCGCCGCGAGGACGGCGGAGUCCCCCAGGGGGGUAUUCUCGCCGACGACCAGGGCCUCGGGAAGACGAUCAGCGUCCUCGCGCUCAUCGCGACGAACCGCCCGCCCGAGGGCUCCCUCGGCCAGGUCGUCCCGCCCGCGGCGCCCUCCAACGGCAAGCCCGCCAUGCCGCGCGUGGCCUCCGAGGCCUCCGCGGGGUCCGCCGGGCCCGGGAGCGGCAGCACGGGCGCCGGGAGCGACGGCGCGGGGGGCGCGGCGCGGAGCGGGGCGCCGCGCCCGGGCCUGCGGCGCGGCGGCACGCUGGUGGUGUGUCCGACGACGGUCCUGCAGCAGUGGGGCCGCGAGUUCCAGGACCGCGUGGGGGCGUCGUGCGGCAUGGGCCUGUACGUCUACCACGGCAGCAGCCGCGUGCGCGACCCCUCGAUCCUGAGCCGGUACCACGUGGUCCUGACCACGUACGCCAUCCUCGGGCAGGAGAUGCCGCACGGGGAGCUGGCGCGGCCCGAGGGCGCGCCGUGCGAGGGCGGCGAGGUGGCGGGGCCCGGGCGGCCGAUGCUGGGCCCGCCCGGCACGUCCCGGAAGAAGCUCCUGCGCGGCGGCCCGCUGUUCGGCAUCCUGUGGGGCCGCGUGGUGCUCGACGAGGCGCAGAUGAUCAAGAACCACCGCACGAUCACGUGCGCGGCGGCGUGCGCGCUGCACGCCGAGUCGCGGUGGUGCCUGUCCGGCACGCCGAUCCAGAACUCGCUCGACGACCUCCUGGCCUUCUUCAUGUUCCUGCGCUACCAGCCGUACUCGGACCCGUCGACGUUCCGCGUCAUGGUCAAGGACCCCGCCGCGCAGGACCCCGCGACGGCGUUCCGGCGCGUCCAGGCCAUCCUCCAGGGCGUGCUUCUGCGGCGCACCAAGGGCACGAAGAUCGACGGCAUCCCCAUCAUCAGCCUCCCGGAGCGGCGGCAGGUGCGCAAGGUGUGCAGCUUCAACGCGGAGGAGCGCGCCUUCUACGACCGGCUGCGGCGCGAGAGCCUGCAGCAGAUACGGCAGAUCCGCGAGGGCGGCGCGGGCGCGCCGGGGAGCCAGUACGCCAACAUGCUGCUGCUGCUGCUGCGGCUGCGGCAGGCGUGCAACCACCGGAAGCUCCUCACCAUGCGCGCCGCGCGGUCCGCGGACCACUCCAAGCACAUCUCCGCGGAGGUCAAGGCGGCGAAGAAGCUCCCCGCGGAACUCAGGACGGACCUGCUGCAAAUUCUCUCGGGAGACCCCCCCGCGACCUGUGCGACGUGCGGCGAUAUCCCCGAGGACCCGAUGGCGUCGCGCUGCCGCCACGUGUUCUGCGCGCAGUGCGCGGCCCCCGCGCUGGGAGGUGGCCCAGGCGCGGACUCUGGUGGUUUCCAGUGCCCCUUCUGCGGCCUAGAGCUGAGCUCGAUCGACCUGUUCACGCCCGACGCGCUCGCCGCCGCCGAUCCGAGCAAGGCCGCGGAGGGCAAGGCGCUCGCACGGGAGAGCGCGGCCGGGAGAGCGUGCGCCGUGGGCGAGGUGCCGUCGUCUAGCAAGCUCGACGAGCUCAUGCGGCAGCUUGACGAGAUGGCGGGCAAGAGCAAGAGCAAGAAGGAGCCGGGGGCGGGCGCGGCGGGGGCCGCGGGCGGGUACUCGCGCGUGAAGUCAGACCGGAAGCUGCUGGGGUCGUUCCGGAAGCUGCCGCCGGUGCCUGUGGCUCCGGCGGCGGCGGCGGGGAGCGGGACGGCGUCGACGGCGGCGGCGAUGCCCGACAAGGCGAUCGUGUUUUCGCAGUGGACGUCGAUGUUGGAUCUCGUGCAGGCGCGGCUGGACGCCAAGAAGUACGGGUACCGCCGGCUGGACGGGACCAUGAGCAUCGCGCACAGGGAGCGCGCCAUCGAGGACUUCCAGCAGCGGCCCGAGGUCACGGUGAUGAUCAUGUCGCUGAAGGCGGCGGCGCUCGGCCUGAACCUCGUGUGUGCCAACCACAUUAUCCUCCUCGACCCGUGGUUCAACCCUACGGUCGAGGAGCAGGCCAUCGACCGCGCGCACCGCAUCGGGCAGACGCGCGCCGUCACGGUGACGCGCAUCACGAUCUCCGGGAGCGUCGAGGACCGCAUCACGCAGCUGCAGGAGCGCAAGCAGGAGAUGGUGCGCGCGGCGCUGGGCGAGGGGCCCGCGGGGACGGAGGCGGGCGGGCCAACGAACCGCCUGAGCCUCGGGGACCUGGAGUUCUUGUUCGGGCUCAAGAACGAGAACGAGGGCGCGUGA